CCUGUCCUUGAGCACUACAGACUAAAAAGAAAAGACGGCCAGAGACUCUGCUUUUUUGUUCCGACUGGCUGCAGUGAACACCGAAUCGUCUCUUUAACCAGAGAGAUCAUGAUGUCCUACCUGAAACCAGCGCCGUACACAGUGAACGGACUCAGCCUGGCUACUACUGCGAUGGAGCUGCUGCAUCCAACUGUGGGCUAUCCAGGAACUCCCCGUAAACAGAGGCGUGAGCGGACAACCUUCACCCGCGCGCAGCUCGAUGUGCUCGAGGCGCUGUUCGUCAAGACGCGCUACCCGGACAUCUUCAUGCGCGAGGAGGUGGCCCUGAAAAUCAACCUUCCUGAAUCUCGGGUACAGGUGUGGUUUAAAAAUCGAAGAGCGAAAUGCCGUCAGCAGCAACAGCAGCAAUCCCAGACUAGCACGCAGAAUAAAACCCGACCUGCCAGCAAAAAGACUUCUCCAGUCAGAGAGUUAAACCCGGAGAGCAGCAGCCCGUUCAGCAGUACCACAACCACCUCUUUACCGGGCGUGUCCACCAGCACGGCCCCAGUGUCCAUCUGGAGUCCGGCUUCUAUUUCUCCGAUCUCAGAGCAGCUCUCUUCCUCUUCAUCCUCCUCUUCCUCAUCUUUACCUUGUAUGCAGCGCUCUUACCCGGUCACCUACACUCAGGCGCCCGGAUACAGUCAACACUACGCGGGCACAGCGUCCUAUUUCAGCGGAAUGGACUGUGGCUCCUACCUCGGGCCUGUGCAUCAUCAGCUGACUGGCCCCGCAUCCACCCUGAACCCGACAAGCACGAGUACGGUCAAUAAUCACCUGAGUACAUCAUGUUCACUCGCACCCCAGGGCUACGUAACGUCCGGUCUUGGGAUCAACGCGCAGUCCGACUGCUUAGAUUACAAGGACCAAAGCGCCUCUUGGAAGCUUAGCUUCAAUACCGACUGCUUGGAUUACAAAGAUCAAACCUCUUCGUGGAAAUUUCAAGUUUUGUAAUAACAUCUAAAAAAAAUAAAAGAACAGAACUGUUAUUAAAUUAUUAAAUUCAUUCGAUAAAUACGAUAUUGUUCGUUUGUAGAAUUCUCCCCUCCGAAACAAUGCAAUGAUCGAAUCUCUGCCGGAGUUUGUCACAUGGUUUAACUCAGGCUAUUAAAUUAUAUUUUUUACUAAAAACGGGGAAGUAGAUAUUUUUCUUACAAUUAUGCACUAUUUUAUUUAUGACAAGAAUGUUUUAAAAAUGUUUUUUUUUUCCCUCUAGAAGACAAUCGAUGUAUAUAAACAUAAUUGUGCCCAGAUUUUCUUUUCAUUUUAUUACUUUUCUUUUUUAAACUGUAGCCAAAAUGUUUUUGAAACUGUGAACUGUAGUAGAUCAUUUAAGGAAUCCUCCAAGGAUCAUUAUGCUGUAAGUUUUGAUAGACUAGAUGUUGUUGUUGUUGUUGUUAUUUUGUUAAGUUUGUUAUUGAUGACGCUAAA